AUGUGGAGGUUGAAGAUAGCAGAUGGUGGGAAAGACCCAUACAUAUUCAGCACAAACAACUUCGUGGGGAGGCAGAUAUGGGAGUUUGAUCCUGACGCAGGUACACCUGAGGAGCGAGCAGAGGUUGAAGCUGCUCGUUGCGAUUUCUAUAACAACCGCUUCAAGUUCAAGCCCUGUGGCGACCUACUUUGGCGGUUUCAGAUUCUGAGAGAAAAGAAUUUCAAACAAACAAUAGCCGGUGUGAAGGUUGAAGAAGGUGAGGAGAUAACAUACGAAAAAGCCACGACAACGUUGACAAGGGCCGCACAUCACCUAUCAGCAUUGCAGACCAGUGAUGGCCAUUGGCCUGCUCAGAUUGCAGGUCCUCUCUUUUUCCUUCCUCCCUUGGUCUUUUGUAUGUAUAUUACUGGGCAUCUUGAUUCGGUAUUCCCAGGAGAGUAUCGCAAAGAGAUUCUUCGUUACAUAUAUUGUUUCCAGAACGAAGAUGGAGGGUGGGGACUACACAUAGAGGGUCACAGCACCAUGUUUUGUACUGCACUCAAUUACAUAUGUAUGCGAAUGCUUGGAGAAGGGCCCGAUGGAGGUCAGGACAAUGCUUGUGCUAGAGCAAGAAAGUGGAUUCUUGAUCAUGGUGGUGUAACACAUAUACCUUCGUGGGGGAAAACUUGGCUUUCGAUACUUGGUGUAUUUGAUUGGUGUGGAAGCAACCCAAUGCCCCCUGAAUUUUGGAUUCUUCCUUCGUUUCUUCCAAUGCAUCCAGCAAAAAUGUGGUGUUAUUGCCGAUUGGUAUAUAUGCCUAUGUCUUACUUAUAUGGGAAGAGAUUUGUGGGUCCAAUCACACCACUCAUCUUACAAUUGAGAGAAGAACUCUUUACUCAACCUUAUGAAAAAGUUAAUUGGAAGAAAGCGCGUCACCAAUGUGCAAAGGAAGAUAUUUACUAUCCCCAUCCUUUGAUACAAGAUCUAAUGUGGGAUAGUUUGUACAUAUUCACUGAGCCACUUCUUACUCGCUGGCCCUUCAACAAGCUGAUCAGAGAAAAAGCCCUCCAAGUAACAAUGAAGCAUAUCCAUUACGAAGAUGAGAAUAGUCGAUACAUAACCAUUGGGUGCGUGGAAAAGGUUUUAUGUAUGCUUGCCUGUUGGGCUGAAGAUCCAAACGGAGAUGCUUUCAAGAAGCAUCUUGCAAGGGUUCCAGAUUACUUAUGGGUUUCGGAAGAUGGAAUGACCAUGCAGAGUUUUGGUAGCCAAGAAUGGGAUGCUGGCUUUGCCGUUCAAGCUUUGCUUGCCACUAACCUUAUUGAGGAAAUUGGUCCCACGCUUUCCAAAGGACAUGAUUUCAUCAAGAAAUCUCAGGUUAGGGACAACCCUUCAGGAGAUUUUAAGAGUAUGCAUCGUCAUAUUUCUAAAGGGUCAUGGACCUUCUCUGAUCAAGACCAUGGUUGGCAAGUUUCUGAUUGCACUGCGGAAGGUUUGAAGUGUUGUCUACUUUUAUCAACGUUGCCAGCGGAGAUUGUGGGGGAAAAGAUGGAACCGGAAAGGUUAUAUGAUUCAGUCAAUGUCUUAUUGUCACUUCAGAGUAAAAAGGGUGGUUUAGCAGCGUGGGAGCCAGCAGGCGCUCAAGAAUGGUUAGAACUGCUCAAUCCCACAGAAUUUUUUGCGGACAUUGUAGUUGAGCAUGAAUAUGUUGAGUGCACUGGAUCGGCAAUUCAAGCUCUUAUUUUGUUCAAGAAGCUUUAUCCCGGCCAUAGGAAGAAAGAGAUAGAGAAUUUCAUUGCUAAUGCAGUUCGAUUCCUUGAAGAUACACAAACAGCUGAUGGUUCAUGGUAUGGGAACUGGGGAGUUUGCUUCACUUAUGGCACUUGGUUCGCACUGGGUGGUCUAGCAGCUGCUGGCAAGACUUACACUAACUGUGCUGCCAUUCGCAAAGCCGUAAAGUUUCUACUCACAACACAAAGAGAGGAUGGUGGGUGGGGCGAGAGUUAUCUUUCAAGCCCAAAAAAGAUAUACAUACCUCUUGAAGGAAGCCGAUCAAAUGUAGUACAUACAGCAUGGGCUCUUAUGGGUCUAAUUCAUGCUGGCCAGGCAGAGCGAGAUCCUACUCCUCUUCAUCGUGCGGCAAAGUUGCUCAUCAAUUCUCAACUAGAAGAAGGCGAUUGGCCCCAAGAGGAAAUCACGGGAGUAUUCAUGAAAAAUUGCAUGCUGCAUUACCCAAUGUAUAGAAAUAUUUAUCCAAUGUGGGCUCUGGCUGAAUAUCGAAGGCGGGUUCCAUUGCCUUCCACUGCAGUUUAACUUGAAAACAGG